AUGGGAGGCGGAAGAAGCGGAAGUGGCGGUGGAGGAACCGGAAGCGGAGGAAUGGGAGGCGGAGGAGGAUCCGAUCAACUCUCAUCCUACAUGUCGUCUGUUGAUGACAGACUAAGUCAGCUUUCUGGCCUACAAAAUAAGAUGGAUUCGAUCUUACAGAUGAAGAGUCAACUAGACAAUCUAGGUAAACUGGAUAAGUUAGUAUCUAUGUUUACAUCUAUGGGAGAUCAGCUAAAUAAAAUGGACGCGAUGAGUAAUCAACUGAAAUCGCUCCAGUCCUUCCAGACGUCCUUAAGCGGACAAUUGGAUACUAUGUCUAAGCUGGGAAAUAUAGAUAGCGUUCUUAAUAACAGAUUUUCUCAAAUAGAUAAUCAGUUGAAACAGGUUAACGAUCUUCAAAAAAUGAUCCCUCAACUUACAAAUCUAGGCUCACAAAUGUCCUCUUUUUCAUCUAUGCAGCAAAAGGUGGACAAUCUGAUGGAUUUGGUUCCGCGUAUGUCAAGUCUAGACAAAGGCAUGGCUAAAUUGUCAAUGCUUGACGACUUAAGCUCUAAAUUUGUUAAUUUGAAUGACAUCGUCGGCAGAUUGACCAAGAAUGUUGAUAGUGUAGUAUCAAUAACGCAGACGACCGGUCAGAACCAGAAGACAUUGAUGGAUGACAGAAUCGCAUUCAACGAUAGAAUGUUAAGAAUAGAAGUAAGAAUGAAUACAACUGAUACCAACAUCAACAAAGUUAUUGGAAUGAAUGACAGAUUCGAAAAGAUGUCCGAUCAAAUUAUAAAUAUUGUACAGACAACUGGAAAAGCCCAAUCCUCAUCGAAUACCAACAUCGAAACUCUUGUGGGAAAAAUAACACAGCUUGAAAAUCGCUUCAGCACUUCCCAAAAUGACAAGACAUUGACCUCUCUUGGAGCCACAGUUUUAAGUCUUAAAGAUAAGCUCGAUCGUGUUGUAACGUCUGAAAACCAUUUAUACACACUAAGCAACGUUGAAAACAAGAUACAAUCCAACAUCAAUGAGCUGAACACUAAAAUAAAUACUGUUCAAAGCACAAUUCAACAGAUGAGAGCUGCUGAUCAAAAUUGUUCCGCAAUUACACAGAAACUUCAAGAAAUGUUCACCAAACAAACAAGUAUGGUAUCAAAAAUUGACCAGCUCGACGGAGUACAACAGCGCGUUUACAACUACGUAUUUGAUAUGAAUGGAAAAUACAAUACGAGCAGUAUUAGCAUUAACGGCCUGUCAAAACAAAUUACCAAUAUUGAAUCGAAAAUUACCAGCAUUUUGCAUGAAAUUGAGAACGUUGAAUCAGAUAUGGAUACAAGUAUGAACAUGAUGCUGGUGAAUAUUACUAAUGUGGAUACAAGAAUAACGUCUAUAGAAAACGGCCAAUCAUCGUUGUUUAAUAACCAGAAUAACAUAAUAACGCAGAUCGGCGGUAUCACAAAUCAAAUUCAGAUUGGCGACAAUAAUGUUCAGGGCAUUUCUAAAUUGAUAUCAGAGUUUGAUAAUGUUAUCGACAGUGUUUCAAAAGACGUUGGUGACUUGAGUAGUGUGGCAGGUAAUGUGAACAUCAUAAAUAACCAGAUCAAUAACAUUAAUGUUAAUGUAAACAAUGUAUCAAACAUUGUGAAUAGCAUUGAAAACGACAUCAAUGUCAUAAUUGUCAACAUUACAAAUAUCAAUGCAAACGUACAAAACCAAACGACAAACGCCCUUGGAAAUUCUCUCGUUAACAUCCAGGGUCAGCUUGAUUCGACAGAUUCAAACAUCGGUGUUAUUUCAAAUAAAGUCAACAAUAUGGUUGACAAUGUGAAUCAGAUCACUAGCAACGUUAAUAAUAUUCAAGGUGACGUCACAAGCAUCACAAAUGUAAACGAUAUAGAUGUGAACAUGAAUGCCAUUGUGUCGAACAUAACUGAUAUUGAUAUACGAAUUGGAGAUAUUGGAAAUAAUCAAAAUAUAAUUCAGAGAGUACAGGACACUACAAACGUUAAUGUUGCAAAUAUCGUCAACAAAUUGGAUGUUACGCAAAAUAAUGUGAAUACUAUUAACAGCACGGUUAAUAACAUUCAAAUAAACGUGAAUAGUAUACAGACCAAUGUUGGAAAUGUAAUAGUCAGUGUAAAUGAACUCAAUGUAAAUAUCGUCAAUAUUGAAAACGACGUUCAAACAAUUAACAGCCAAAUAAACAGCAUCAACGUUAAUAUCAAUGACAUUUCAGGUGACGUAACACAGCUCAAUGUCAUUAUUAAUAACCAGGCAGUGCAAAUAACGAACAUUGAAACAAAUGUUAAUAACAUCAUGGUAAAUAUAACAGACAUAGACGUAAGAGUAGGACAAAUUGGAGACGAUCAAACCAAUCUUUUCGAAAACCAACGAAAAAUGUUUGCAUCCAUUGGAAAUAUCGAUAAUAGAGUCAAUGCAACGAAUAUUAAUGUUGUGGCAAUUACACAGACUGUGAACAAUAUCGAUGCAUCCGUAAAAAGCUUAACAGUAGAAUUCAAUGACUUUGAUAUUACAAUAAACAACGUGAAUACAGAAAUAAACAAUAUCCAAGUCAAGAUUAACAAUGUCACAUCUGUCGUUAACCAGGUAGUAUACGAUAUUGAUCAAGUAUCAAACACAGUAACUAAUAUUGCAGUAAACAUGAAUGUAUUGAUGGUUAAUGUUACGGAUAUAGAUGUGCAAAUCGGAAGUAUUGCAACAGAGCAAUCGACAAUGAAAACUAAUCAAGCCAGUAUUACAAAUCAGAUCGUUCAACUUGGAAGUCAGCUUACUGCUACAGAUGGCAACUUAGUUUCUGUUUCACAGCAAAUUACGAGUCUCUCUGUGAAUGUGACAAACCUGUCUGUGAGCGUAAGCAACAUUGAAGUAGAUGUCAACGAUAUUAACGUCCAAAUAGUAACUAUUAACUCAAAUUUAAUCAGUGUUACGAAUAACGUUAUCAACAUCGAACAGACUGUAAAUAGCGUGACACAGGUUGUGAAUGAAAUUAAUGUAAAUAUGAAUACAGUUAUGACGAAUCUGACAAAUAUCGACGUUGAAAUUAAUUCUGUAAUGAACAAUCAAACAGUCAUACAGAACAACCAACUUGUUAUCAUAGAAACACUCAACGUCGUACAAACACGUGUUAACAACACUGAAAUAAAUGUUGUUCAAAUAACUCAACAAACAACGAACAUUGAAGUAAGCAUUCAGAAUAUUAGAACUGAAAUCACAAACAUAAAUGUUGAUGUUAACAAUGUUACAUCUAUUGUGAACGACAUUCAGCUGACCUUGGUAAACGUAAAUCAGCAAUAUAUAUCUACGACGAAUACUUUGAAUAAUCUGACUGUACAGAUAACAGACAUCGACGUGCGUGUUAACCAGAUCUCGGUUGAUGUCACUGACAUUACUGUUAAUGUAAAUUCUGUUUCUGUCUCUGUAACUAACAUCGCGGUUGAAUUGAAUAAUGUCGUCAGUAAUGUCACGAAUAUCGAUCAACGUGUCAAUAUUAUUGGAGCUACAACCAACGAACUAAAAGAUCAUGACGAUAGGAUGUUUAAUCAGCUAGUAAAGUUGCAAGCAAAUAUGACUUCAGGAGAUGUUAAGAUCACUACUGUCAACAAUGUUCUAUCUGUUUUGGAUUUGAAUAUUAAAGGCGUGACAAAUGAAAUAAAUAAUAUUGAACGUACACUUAACCAAAUGAGCACAUACAUAACAGAUCUCGACCAAGACAUAAACGGCGUUAGUGGAUCGGUCUUCAACAUUCAAACAAAUAUAGAUUUAAUAAUGACAAAUGUCUCCAGCAUAGAUGGCAAGGUACUACAGGUAGGAAACGAUCAAAUAACAUUGCAAAAAAUUCAAGACAAAUUCAUUACUAAAAUGGACAACUUGGAGGAAAGACUAACCUCUAUUGCAGUUUAUCAGGAAGGUCUGUCAGAUCAGGUAACACAUGUGGAUAUAAGAGUGAAUAAUACGCAGACAAUAGUUAAAGAAGUCUCGAUGAAAGUCCAUGACUUGGAAAGCGACUUCAAUAGUGUUUCAAUAACUGUUCAUCAAAUCGAAGUUAACCUCAAUACCGCGUCUGGAAAAGUGACCAACAUUGAAAACGAUGUGACCAAAAUAAUUGUAAAUCUAACCAAUAUUGAUAUAAAAGUCGGAAGAAUUUCAACAGAUCAAAUAACUACAGGACAGGGUCAAGAAAAGCUGUACAAUGAUAUCAGAAACGUUAUAGAUAAGCAGUCGUUGUUGCAGACAAGUCAGGGAAAAUUAUUUGACAGAAUGGGAUACAUGGAUACAAAACUUAACACAACGCAAGUUAACCUUAACAUUAUAACUGUAUCAAUUACAAAUAUAGAAAGCAACUUUGAAGCAUUGAAGAUUGAUUUAAAUAGAAUUAACGGUUCCGUGGGUCAGGUAGGAUCGGACCAAGUUGAUUUACAUUUUAUUCAAGAAUUGUUUUCUCACAAGUUAGACCUUAUAGAAGGCGACCAGUCAAAAUCUUUUGAAACCCAGCAUGCUAUGAGCUUUAAAUUAGAUCGCGUAAGUGAUGCCUUGACAAGUGUUGUAUCAACACUCAAAGCAGGUAACUUGAGUUGCAAUACAGGUUUUAACUUUGACAACGUUAUGAGUAAGUACGCAACAAAAGAAGGGCAACAAGAAAUGUCAAGAAAAUUAGACUAUUUGGAGGCAGAACAGCGAAGAACACAGACUGGUCAGGAACAAAUUUCUUCGAAACUUGAAAACAUUGUCAAGGGAUUUGGAAGUACGCAAAAGAAUAGUCAAGGUGGAUCACAAAGUUAUACUAACAGCAGAGAUACACAAAGUUAUACCAACAGAGGAAAUUUUGGUCAAGACGAUAUAAAAAGGAUUUUGAGGAACUAUAAUCAAGGAUCUGGUGCUAGCUUGAUUGAUGUAGAUAGUCUUAGUCAAGGAGAUUUGAACAAAAUAAUUGAGACCGUUAACCAAGAAACUGGAGGUAAUGGAAACAUAAGUCCAUCUGAUUUGUUCAAUAUCGUACAGACCAUCAAUCGGGGAUCAAUGACUGGUGGCAGUUCAAAUACACAGGGAUCGACAAGUAGUGGCAGUACAUCUGGAGGAAAACUUAGCUCAAAUGAAAGGGCACAACUUCUUCGCACCCUGAAACAGUUAUCUGUGGAUUCUGGCAACAACGGAUACUUGAAUCAAGCGGGUCUUGUGAAUCUUCUGAACUCGGCUGCACAAGGAUCGGGAAACUCUGCAGGUCUUGCUAGAAACGUAAAUCAGUAUGACAUCGAUGAACUAUUACGCAAUCUCAACAGUGGAGGUUCAAGCGCCGGAUCAUCCAGCUCAAGCAGCAAAAGUAUGGGAGUUGGAGGCGGAUUUGGUGGCGCUUCAUCAAGCAGUGGCGGCUCUGGCGGUUCAUCCGUUAGUGGUUCAAGCAUGACAGGUGGAGGCGGAUCGGGCAGCUACGGAGACCUCUCUUCAAUAGUGGGCAAUCUUGACGCACUUCCUGCUGAUGCAAGAAGCGCACUACAGACGAUGAUGACUAACGGAGGAGCAGAAGAGUUUUCAACUAAUAAGGGCCUUCGAUCAGCUUUGGCGGCCCAGAACUGGAAGAAGGUUGCAACUGAGAUUAGUGCCAGUGAAUGGGCGAAGCAGAACCGACAACUAGUUCCUGACAUAGAACGCUUUCUUGCAAACGUAUAAAUAUUGACAAGCCUAAUUUAAGUUAUUCGAACAAUGUAUUUUCAAUGUAUUUAUAAACGUAUGUUUAAAUCAAGAUCUUAAUGGAUGUGAGUACAUUAACUUUUUUAUUUCAAAAUUUUAAGUGAAGUGUUUUAUUCAGAUAAAUAUAUACAAGAAAAGGCUGAAAAUACUAGACAUGCACACGAAAGCUAUACAUUGUAAAUAGAAAAUUGUAUCAUAUUUUACACGGGAUUAAUAAAAUAAUGAAUGCCAUAAACAAAAAGGUCCGCUCAGGAAAGGUUGUUAUGCAUUUACACAUACAUAAGACUGAAUCUAAGGAAAUAAAGUUAUAAGAGAAGAUUGAAAUAGUCAAGCUAUCACGAACAUUAAACACCCGUUAAAGUGGAUAUUCAUUAUAAAUUGUGUACAUAGGUGGGCAAAAACAUAUAUUUUAAUAUACGAAAUAAUAUGCUUAAACAUUUAUUUUAUCGUUAAUUAAUUCGUUCAAAACAGUCUGUUAAACGAAGGUAAAUAAAUAUUUUAUGAUCGACAAACUAUUUUUAGCAAAAUUAUGCAUUUGUAUAAAUGUGUUAUAGUUAAAGGCA